UGGAAGCAGGGUCGCACUUUUGGAAAUGAUUGCGUACCUACACAUGUAGCGUACCUACGCAUGCAGCUUACCAAAGGAAUUUAAAUAUCUGCAGGUUUCUCAGCAAUUUAUCUCGCCUUCUCUCAUGGGACGCCUUUGAGGUCAGUAGGCUAGCCUAUAGAAAUUUCUCUAACGCAAACUAUGCGCCACAUUUCAGGUUUCGAUUCGUCCCCAGAAAAGUUCUGCCUUCCUAAACUAUCAAAGCUGGAAGUUGAGUUGCGCUACAGCAGUGAAUACGUUUUUCGAGAGACAGUGUUUAGCACCUCCCGCUCCUCGUAGGCAGUGGAACCAUUCAUCUGCAUGGAAUGACAUAUUUUCCAGGAUUUAUGAGCUGAUACUGUUUUCAAGAGUCUGUAGAUAGUACCCAGUAUCACUGGAGGAUCUUCCUGAGUUCAAGGAGACUGGACAAGAGGGGAACACCAACCAGCCAACCAUGUCUUCCAUUGACCCCUACCAGUACAUUAUUGUGGAGCAGCAGUUCUCUCACAAGUUCAGAGUGACGGUGGUGCGAGCUAAGAAUGUCACUAAGGGAGCAUUGGGUGACAUGUUGGACACUCCUGACCCCUAUGUGGAGCUGUUCAUUCCCACUGCCCCUGAGAGCAGGAAACGAACGAGGCAUAUAGACAAUGACAUCCACCCAGAAUGGAAUGAGACCUUUGACUUCAUACUGGACCCAAACCAGGAGAAUGUUCUAGAGAUAACUUUAAUGGACGCCAAUUACGUGAUGGACGAGACGCUUGGGACUGCGUCGUACAACAUCUCCAAGAUGUUGAAAACUGGCCAGACAGAGACCGUGCCUUUCCUUAUCGGCAAAGCAACCAAUGUGUACUUAGAGAUGGCCCUGGAGGUCUGUACGAACAUGGACCUGCGGUUCAGUCUGACCCUGUGUGACAAGGAGAAACUAUUCAGACAGGCCCGCAGAGAGAGGGUGAUGCUGGGCAUCAAGAAGCUGCUGGACAUGGAGAAGCCCAGCUUCCUCCCCAGCACCCCUCAGGAGGUGCCGGUGAUUGCCAUAGUGGGUUCAGGGGGAGGCUUCAGGGCCAUGGUGGGCUUCUCUGGGGUGAUGAAGGCCCUGUAUGAGUCUGGGGUCCUGGACUGUGCCACCUACAUUGCUGGCCUCUCUGGAUCCACCUGGUACAUGUCGACCCUGUUCUCCCACCCAGAGUUCCCCUCUAAGGGUCCUAAGGAGAUCAAUGUGGAGCUGAUGAAGAGAGUGAGCAGUAACCCUCUGAGACUGCUGCUGCCCCAGCACAUCACCAACUACAUUCAGGCUCUGUGGAGCAAGAAGGCCAACGGACAGCCCGUCACCUUCACUGACAUCUUCGGCAUGCUCAUCGGCGAGACACUCAUCCCUGCGAGGAUGGACACAAAGCUGAGUGAGUUGCAGGAGAAGGUGAACGAGGCCCAGUGUCCUCUCCCUCUGUUCACUUGUCUGCACGUCAAACCAGACGUGUCCGAGCUCAUGUUCGCAGACUGGGUGGAGUUCAGCCCGUAUGAGAUUGGAAUGGCAAAGUACGGAACGUUCAUGACCCCUGACCUUUUUGGAAGCAAGUUCUUCAUGGGAACCGCUGUGAAGCAGUAUGAAGAGAACCCACUACAUUUCCUUAUGGGGGUUUGGGGGAGUGCCUUCUCAAUCCUCUUCAACAGAGUGCUGGGGGUCAAAGACACAGUCGGGGGGAGCACCAUGGAGGAAGAGCUUGAACAGUUAAAGCCUCAACACAUUGUGGGGGAGGACAGUCUAGAUAAUGAUGAGAGGCCUCAGAAAGAGACGGAAGACGAGUUCCGCACCGCCAAGAACAGUUGGGUCCAGCGAAUGAUCACCUCCCUCGUCAGCGACUCCUCCCUGUUCAACACGCGAGAGGGGCGGGCGGGGAAGGUCCAUAACUUCAUGCUAGGCCUCAACCUCAACACCAACAUGCCCUUCUCCACCUUUGGAGACUUUAUGUACCAGAACUCCUGUGCCUCCGUCGAGGAUGAGGUUGACGCUGUCACAGACCCAGAUGAGUUUGCUGGUAUCUACGAGCCACUGGACGUGAAGAGUAAGAAGAUCCACAUAGUGGACAGUGGUCUGACCUAUAACCUCCCGUACCCCCUCAUCCUGCGGCCGCAGCGUGGCGUCGACCUCAUCAUCUCCUUCGACUUCUCAGCCCGCCCCAGUGACUCCAGCCCACCCUUCAAGGAGCUGCUGCUGGCUGAGAAGUGGGCCCGGAUGAACAAGUUGCCAUUCCCUAAGAUCGACCCCAAAGUGUUUGACCGCGAGGGCCUGAAAGAGUGCUACGUAUUCAAGCCAAAAAAGGGGGAACGGAACUGCCCCACUGUCAUCCAUUUUGUCCUGGUCAACAUCAACUUCAGGAUGUUCAAAGCCCCUGGAGUGCCUCGUGAGACAGAACAGGAGAAGGAGAUGGCUGACUUUGACAUCUUUGACGACCCCGAGACACCGUACUCCACUUUUAACUUCCAGUACUCAAACCAGGCCUUCACACAGCUCCACGACCUCAUGGAAUUCAAUACGCUCAACAACAUCGAGGUGAUAAAAGAGGCCAUUAAGGAGAGCAUCGUGUACAGGAAGGAGAAUCCCUCACGCUGCGCUGUGUCCCUCUCACUCAACGAGAUCCAGAACAAAAUGUUCCUGAAGCGGGAGAAAGCCCGGAAGUGAGAGCCGGAAUGCUGACAGAAGCAAGGUCAAGCUAUCAGACUUUGCGAAUUGACAUACAUUGGCAAUGAUAUUUAGCAACAACAACAAAAUUGGGGGAACAUUGUUGGUUUGUUUUGUCCAUCUAAUGUGAAUGAAGAGGGUUUGGUGGAAACCAUAGAAAACUGUGGUGGAUAUGAUUGAACAACCUGACAGAGACUUAUUAUGGACCCUAAUGUUUAGUGAUGUAAAGCCUUAAGAGGUCUUAAAAUAGCAGUAAACUAAACUCCAUGCUCCAGGUUGACUUUCCAUUUGAUAAGUUUGACUCUUGUAUGUAUGCUGUGUUUUUUGAUGUAGCAGGGUUUUCCUCCAGGAUAGUUGUAAACAGUUGUUACUGAUCUAAACACAAGUGAUCUCAUCGCAAAUCAUGGAAACCAUAGAAUAGGAGGUGUUCUUAAACCCUCAGGUUGUGUUUGAUGGCAAAGUGCACCACCUCCGGAUACCUCAAACAUCUCAAUUAUGUUUAUUCAACGCAGGGUGUGUCUUAAAAUCAAACCCACUAUUUCGAAUAACAAAACAAAACUCAACACCAUAGAAACGGCCGCUCAGUCUGCCUUUUUUAAAUUCCUCUCUGUCACGUUUGAGUGUGUUUAUUUUCCUGAGUGUGUUAUUUCAGACUUCUUCUUAGAAAAAAAAAGUUUUUUUUUUUUUCAAGUAAUUUCCUUCCACCGUGACCACUCAGUGACUUCUUAAAAAGCUACAGGAAAGGUGUCAAUGGAAGUAACCUGAGUCCAGACUUAGCCCCCGCAGUUAUGGUCUGGUGUGUCUGUGCUGAGGGAGGGUGAGAACGGUGGGGUGUAACCCUGGCAAGGACGUGGCGUGAUGGUUGAGAGCACUCCCACUCAUCAGCACACAGUGGAAUUUUACACAGUACACCUACACCUGCAGCGUCUGAAGAGAAGAAUCUGACACACUACACCAAUACCUGCAGGGGCCAAGAGGCUUCCAGCGUGCUGUGGAAUUUUACACAGUACACAAAGCCCUGCCUUCCAACCGUGGCCUGACUGGACUCACGGUUCAGCCUAGUUUUUAAAACAUAAUGUUAUGUAGAACAGGUGAUUUUCUUAAUCUUUUAUCACAGAAGCCCAAAUAGUUCUAGCUAGCGACUUUUUGGUUUUACUGUGUAUUUUAUUUUGUGCAAACUAAAAACAUUUUUUAAAUCUCAUUUCAUACUGAGCUUUGUACAACAUCACACAAGCAAUGAUAGUCAUACUGCUGAUCUUUUAAAGACACCUGUGUGGCACCUUUUUAUUCAGUGGAUGUUAUUCUCAUAGGUAGAACGAAUACAUGAGAAGUAGGAAAUAUUUGUAUUUUUUUCCAUGUACAGCUGUCUUGGACUACAGUACAUUUCAAUUUUUCUAGCAAUGUUUACAAUUAUGGGCAGUGGUGUAGUGGAGGGUAAACACAAACGCCGUUUACCCACCAUGCUUUUGGGCCCAACAGUUUCCCACCAUGCUUUUGGGCCCAACAGUUUCCCACCAUGCUUUUGGGCCCAACAGUUUCCCACCAUGCUUUUGGGCCCAACAGUUUACCCACCAUGCUUUUGGGCCCAACAGUUUACCCACCAUGCUUUUGGGCCCAACAGUUUACCCACC